AAUACCGUGACGUUGCGUGCAGAAACAAUCAGUCAAGCAGCGGCCGGACUCUUUUGGUCCGCGAUACAUCCCCGCUGCGCCUCGCUCGAGUUUCCAGAGAUUGACUUUAUCAAUCGGCAUAUUGUGUUUGUGUCUGUGCAUGUGUGGUGUGUGUGUGAAUUCGUCUCUCAUCACAUCGUCGUAACUCGUCAGUCGUCGCUGUUCUUUUGUGCAGAGCUCGAGUCCGCGGUGAAAUCAUCGAUAACCCAGCCAUCCACCUGCCGUAGCCUCCCCGAUGCAGCUGAUCAGAAUUCGCGAGUUCUACCAGUGUCGGGCUCGAGUCUGAGUCCUGAGAAGGAAAGAAUCGGAGAGAGAAGUGCAGCAGCCACCCUCGUUCGGCGUCGAGAUUUCGCUGCUGUUGCUGCUGCUGCUACUGCCGCUGGCUGUGUUGUAGGCGAUUGCUCUAAUGGGCAAGCUAUCGCAGAACUGGAAUUCCGCCGACUCGGACGAAUCGAUCGAAAAGAUCAAGAAGAGGAAGCGCAAGAACAAGCUCGAGGAGAUCAGACGAAAUGCCCUCGCGGCCAAGCGCAACUUGGAGGAAGCCACCAACGUGACGAAUCUGCUCAAUAGGAAAAAUAAUUCAAAGCCUUUUCCGGAUCCUGUAAAUGUCAACGGAUUUUUUCGUAGAGGACUGAAAGGGAAAUUGAUAUCGCGCCGGCCUAACGACAAGUUAUUGUUGGAUCCUCAACCAAUUGAUUCUCAAAACAAACUUAGAGAGGCAGUAGUAAAUAAUGAUGCAUUGAAACUCAUGCAAACUUGCAGCAUUAGUCACAAACCACCCGAAGAUAAAGCAUACAAAAUACCACCAAACAUAAGAAAAAUUUUACAGGAUUUUUCAGACAAUUCUAGCUUCAGCAGUAUUAACUCGAACAAUAGGUUAGAGCAUGCGAGUCCUAAUUUAGGUCUAAACGGAAAAAAAAAGGUCGCUUUGUUAUCUGAAAUAGAAAAUCAAGAAAUAGAUUUCAAUCAAAACUAUCCAUCGCCUUCAGCUAAUGGGAUAAGUAAAAAAGAAAAAUGUAUAAGACGAUUAUUUGAAGAUGAAAACAGUACUAGUCAUAACAUAAAAAAUAGCCAACCAGAACAUGAAAAUUUAAUAUGCAAUCAAAACUCAGAUACUCCAGAAAAUAUUAUAUACUUUACUGAACUUUCUCAUGGUUCAAAUGUAGAUAUUGCUGCUGAGAAGAGAAAACAUGAUUUGAAAAUGAAACUUCAAGACAAACGAAUUAUUCAAUAUUACACAGAAACUUGUAAAAUAAUUUCAGAAAAAAGUUUGAGCGUCUUCAAAAAUCAUUUUCCAGAUCCUUUACAAGCUGCAAAAACUACUUUAAAAACAACUUACAUCAAAUCUUUUACUGACUUUAUUUGUAAAGAAAAAAAUACACCAGCUAAUCAAAGAAUUCGUUCAUCAAAUAAAGGUUCUGUUUCAAGUAACUCUGACAUUUUACUGGAACCAGACUCUUGUAUAGCUCGUAUAUUAGAAAAGAACCAAGUUAUGUUCAAUAAAACUAGUAAUCGUGAAAAUAAUUCCAUUUUAUCUGAAGUUGAUUUAGAUAAUAUACCAGAGUCCAGUGUACCUGUGAGAUUAAGAAAUUUGGGAGAUCCAACUCACAAAAGAAAAAGAGCAGCUUCUUCUAAUGGGAAUGGUAGUGACUUAGAAAUCCCUUCAUCUACAAAAGUCAAUUCAGAUAUUAGUAGCACUAGAAUGCAUAUGAAUAUGAUCGACCCACAACGCCAAGAACUUGUUGCUCGAUACUUGAAAGAUGUCAACACAAAUAAUAUGCAUCAAAAAGAAAAUUCUAAUCGAAAUGUUCAUAGAGAACCUGACAGAUUUGAUAGUUUUAUAAAAACUGAGAAGCCCUUUAUAGGUAAAGAAACAAAACAAUUAGCUGCCGCAAAUAGAAAUCCAAAGCAUGUUCCAUCAAUUCUGAGAAAAAAUCGACCCGCUAUAGAAGGUGCAUCAAAAGAAAAAACUUUCAUAGCAGUGGAAAAAAAUCGAAGUUCAAAUCCAUUAAAAAAAUCCAUGAGCCAAGAGUUCUUUAGUGAUGAAACUUGGAAAAAUGAACAAUCUCCGAGUUUAGAUGAUUUAAUUCCAAAUGAGUUUAUGUCAGCUCCAAAGUGUAAAUAUUCAUAUAUGAAUGCUAAAUACAAUCAACCACCAAGAAUUAAUGUACCUGUUAGACAAAACCAAGUGCAUCAAAAAAAUUCGAAUUUUGAAAGACACCUAUUUCCGCCAUCACCACCUAGAUACGUAGAAAAUAGUUUCAUUGUACAGCAAAAUUUCAAUCCAUCUCCAAUAAGAGACCAAAUUAGUUGUUCUCAGAAUAGUUCCAAAAAUUUCGAUUUUUGUAAUUAUCAAUUGUCUCAAGGCAGUUCUGUUGCAGAAAGUAAUGGAAUGCAACGAAUGAUUAGUUUUGGUGACAUACAACAAAGAACAGAUCUUUUGACACUUCAAUCGAGUCAAAGUCAAAAAUGUUCUCAGAAUAGCUUAAGCCAGUUCUCUAAUCAAGAUGAUUAUGUAUUUCAUUCAAAUCAUUGUCAGCAACCACAAGUCUGUAAUCAAGCUAAAAACAUGAUACAUAGCAAUCAUUUAUGUAAUGUAUAUGGCGAUGUCCCAGAUCCUAGAAUGAUCGAACUGUUGACACAACCAAGUUCUCAAUUUUCAAACAGCGAUGUACAAUAUAACGUUAAUCAGACUUAUUUGCCAAAUGAUAGUUAUCAAGUUGUAGCAGCUAAAAAUCAAUUAUGUAGUCAACAAGAGCCAAUGAUUGGUAACUGCAUGCCUGUGCAAACACGAGGCAUGAGUCAGCCUAUAAAGUUUAUGGCUACAGGUAGAGAUCGAUUACCUGUUAGGCGUCCGAUUUACGAUACAAAAGAUUUUUGUACUCAUAUACACAAAAGUUCAAUGUUAAAUCCGCAACAGCAACAGCCGCCAAGCCAACAGCAAAAACAGCCGCAGCAGCAGCAGCAGUCGAGGCAUUGCCAUCAAAGAGAUAUAGUAAAUAUACCUCAUUAUAUGGCAGUGAGUUCAUCGACGAUCCAAGAUUGUUUCCGAAGCUUUCCUCAAUCGUCAGGAAACAAAGUGAAAGUCGAGAAAAUGUAUCAAAUUGUCGAUCGAAAUCGACCGAUUUCGUCCAAUUAUAACGUACCAAUACCGAACGGAAAUUUUAUUCCGACUGGUUUAGUUAGUCAAACUUUAGUUUGUCAAGAGAGCAUGCCAGUUCACACAGUUGUAAAUAAUCCUAGAGAUAUUGGAAAACUUAUAAAUGGGUCACAGCAGCAGCAGCAGCAGCAGCAGCCGCCGCCGCCGUCGAUCUACACCCAAGUUGGCUUUAACCAACUUAAUCAAACCAAUCAACAUAGUCAUUAUGUUAAUAGCGAUGAGGCUUACAAUCAAAUGAACAAUGUUUAUAUUCAACAAAUGUAACGUAACGUCCAGGCUCAAUGGACCUUGAAAGUAUCUUUAAUCACACCAAUAUACAUGGUGUUAGAAUGAUUGCCAGUUAUAAUCAUUGUAUCAUAGUCGUUCCUAUAUAAACGCAUCAAUGUUUUGCACGCGUCGUCGUUUAUACUGCUUUGUAAUUUUUCAUCGAAUGAAAUACGAAUAUAUGUAUUGUUUAUUUAUUUAUUUUUUUAUUUUGUAAAUUUUUG